AUGACUCGAAAUGAAAAUAAAACACAAACCGAAACAGAAGCUGAAGCAGAAUCUGGCAGCGAGCGAGGAAAAUGGAAAUGGAAGGAAAAUUCAAAUCACAAACUCGGUAUUUAUUUGCGAAGCGUAAAUGAUUACCACUUAAAAUGUGCUCGACUGCCACCUAAAAACCAAUUGUUGGAAAAAGCACAACCAAGCGGAGUGGAUGGUGGCUUGAAGGACACCGGAGCAGAAGGAGUGAAAGGACCAAAGGCAACAUAUGUUUUUUAUGCCUGA